UUACUUUAAAGGAGAUAUUAAAGUUUCCUGUUUUGUACUAGUGUUAAUAGUUUAAAGAGCUUGACAUAUCUAAGUUUUAUUUUGAGCACCAGCUUAUAGAUUCACAGAUAUGAGUUCAAAUUGGAUUUCAGUCUUUUUUCUACUUCGUGUGAUAUGUAUUCUGCAAACAAAAGUAGCCUGUGCAAGGACAGUCUGCUUUCUGGACGUACUAUCUUUUUAUAACUCAUCGGAAGCCUGUCAAUUCUAUGAAAAUUCUUUUAAAACUAUUUUUACAGAGAACAAGGACCUGUGUAACAUUAUUUGUUCCUUGACUUCCGAGCCUUCUUAUAAUGGAAUAGAUUCUGAUGAACUGUAUGAAAUUGAGGAAAUGAAAGUAAUUUUCUCCCCAACAUUUAAAUUCACAAUGUUCAAGCCAUGUCGUUACUAUUACAAUACUGAUGCAUACAUUACAAUUAAUUGUGAAGAGAAGAAAUUUAAUGAAAGAAGAAUUGGGGAAUUUUGUUCUGACUCAUCACAGUGUAAACAAGGCACCCCUUAUUCGUCCUGUAAUGCAACAAGUGGAGUCUGUGAAUGUGAAGAAGGCUACAUACUGAUGUACAAUAUGUGUUUUCAGGGUAACCUUUUGUUGGAAGAUGCUUGUGAUAUAAAUGAGCAGUGCAAUGGAGCUUCCGAGGAUUUAUUUUGUUUACAUAACGGAUCUAGGAAAAUAUGUUCACGUACAAUGGUGCCAGAAGUUAGUACCUCUAGCGAAAACGAGAAAAACAAUGAGGAUAUAAGCUUAUUAUUUGGUUUUGGAAUGGGAGGAAUUACAUUUGGUGUUCUUGUAUGUGGAUUUCUAUACAUUUAUCUUAUUUGGUGUAAGAAAAAAACAGACUAUAACAGACAGGUAAAUGAGGACUCUAAAUCUAAUAAUUUUAAUAUGCAAAAGAAAAAUGCUGGUAAAAACACUGGAGAAACAGGCCUAGGAAAACACACGUUAAAGGUAUCAGGUGAAAUAUCCUUUAAUAACCCAUCCUGCGACCAGGACAAUGUUAUUCAAAGCGACAUUUACAACCAUCUCAAUGAAGACAAUUGUGUGCCAGAUAUUGCUUCAGACUACGACCAUGCAUGCUUUGAUAAUCAGGAAAGAGAUACGUACAAUCAGCUGGGAUCAUACAACACAAAGAAUAUUAUAGUUACGUCUGAAUAUGCGGAAAGUAAUUAAUUUUCUCAAAAUACAUAGUAAUAACAACAUCGAGAAACUUCAAAUAAUUUUUAGAAAAUAUAUUUUAAUCAUUUGAAUGGAUUUUUUUUUCAUAUUACUCAUAUCCCCAAAUAAAACAACAACAAAUGCCCCGCAAUUUAUAUCAUGCCUGGCAGAUCUGUGAGUAGCAUCGUGAAGGAGCUUAAAAAGAAGAUCUUGAAGCAAUUAAUAAGACAUUUCUUUAUAAAGUAUCUUGAUAAUUUGUUUUAUACUAGUCGAAAAUGAACAGAUGCCUUUAGUAGAUGACAGUGCACAUUACACACCCCGCACGUGACAUUCACAAGAUCUUCACGUUUUACUCAAAACGCUUUAUACGAAAAACUGCACAAAUAAAAGGAACACUUUUGUCUAUUUUUCAAAUCUCUGUUUGGAUUCCCAUACCAUUAUUUAAAUUGCUAUAAUCUUAUCAAAACAAUUAAGAAGUGCUAA